AUGCAAAUAGUGGCAGGUACAGGGGUGCCCCAUCCUUCAGAGACAACAGAGGUGCCCCAUCCUUCGGAGAUGACAAAUGUGCCCCAUCUUUCUAAAAUAGAGGCUCUGACUGCUAUAAAGGUUAAUCUGUGGACGACUAUUGAGGAGACUGCUCUGCAUACGGUUACUGAGGCGCUUGCUAUGGAUGAUAUGGAGGUUACUCCUCCUGUUGACGUAGAGGUCACUACUCUGGCUUCGACAAAGCUAUAUUUACACAAUGGAGGGUUUCCUGGUGGGCCUAGUGAAUGUUCUGUCCUCACUAGAUAUGUGGAUCAUGUGGCAUUCAGAUUAUGGCAGGAAGAGGUAUGUAUAUGA